UUGUGGGAACUGUUUUGGUUUGUUCUUUCAUGCUGGAUGGAAUUUCAGUCAGGGUAUUGGACGCUGCUCUCUUCCAUCAUCCGGGAAAAGAAAAUCAAGAAAACUUAACCUGUGUUGGAGUUGCAUGGGCAGAGAGAAGAAGAGCUGAAAAGGAGAUGAGAAAAGCGUGAUGCAGUUGUUCCAGAAACGUCUCAUUCUAGUUGGCUCCCUAGUUGCCAGCUCAAUGCAGGGUCACUUUCAUGUUUAAAAAAUGUUUGCCAAGCAGGAAAAAGAUAUGCAUUCAAGUGGCAUGCUGAGUUGAAAGUUCAAAAUGUUCAGGAAGACAAGUCUUUGUUCCACAUCAGCUCUUUAUUUUCUUACUAUUAUGCUCCUUUUGACUAGUCGAAGUCCUCUUAGAAGUUUGAGAUAUACAUAGCUCCUCAUUGAUCUGUUGCAGUAGCACAUUGCUCAUGAAGGACUAAGACCAGGGCUUCAAACACACAUACAUGGAGACAAUAUUUUUUACAACUAUGGCUGAACUUGCCACUAGAUCCAUGUCUUUCCUCGUGGAUAGAUACCUGAAGCAGAGGGCAGCGCCAACCGAGGAGGAGAGGCUGCGCAGCCUGCAACGACUGCUACUGCGGCUUCGAGUCGUUGUUGAGGAGGCCGAUGUCCGGCUCAUCGCAAGCCAGGCCAUGCUGCAUCAACUCAGCACACUGAAGAAGGAGAUGUACAGGGGGUAUUACGCCCUCGACAUCUUCAGUUGCCGAGCUCAUAAUGGAGAAGACAGAAGAAAAGAUCAUGAGGCCAAUAACUCCUUUAUCCCAUCUGACUUCAACCCUGCCAAGCGUGUAUGUCUCUUCAGAGGCAACAGUAGAGGUGCAGGGCAAGCUAAGCUUCUGGAGCAAGUUCUUGGCAGCGUAAGGGACACCAUUGAAGAUAUGAGUGAGUUUGUCAUAUUUCUAAGCAGAUGCCCACGUUUGCACCGGCAACCAUAUAGCAUGCAUCUGCUUCUGAACAAGUGCAUGUUUGGACGCCAGAUGGAGAUGGAACGUAUCAUGUACUUCCUAUUGCAGGAGGAGAGUGCCCCAGGCGCUGGUGAAGAUCUGACUGUCCUGCCGAUCAUCGGUCCAUCUAAAGUUGGAAAGAGCACCCUGAUCGAGCACGCUUGCGAAGAUGCAAGGGUGCGCAACCACUUCUCUCAGAUUCUGUGUUUCAAUAGCGAUGAUCUUAAAGCUGAAAGUGUAGAGACCAUAAGAGAUGGAGGUAGAAUCAAACAUCAAAACUGUGGCAUGGGCGGUGGAAGGACACUGAUCAUCAUCGAUCAACUUUUGGAUAUCAAAGAGUCUUUAUGGAAAAGGUUGUAUUCAGACGCUAGAUGUGGCACCGUGAGCGGCAGCAAGAUCAUAGUUGCAAGCCGAUCCGACAAGAUUGCAAGCUUUGGAACCACACAUCCCCUCAGGUUACAGUUCUUUACACAGGAAGCAUACUGGUACUUCUUCAAGGUGCGUACUUUUGGGAGCACCAGCGCAGAGGACCACCCGGAGCUCACAACAAUAGCCAUGGACAUUGCCAGGCUGUUGAAUGGAUGCUUGCUGGGUGCGAACAUCUACAGUGGACUACUGAAAGCAAACUUUAACCUCCGUUUCUGGAGAAUGGCCCUUGCAACCCUCGGGAAUAUCCAUCAGAAGAAUGUCCUGCUGUAUGGGGAACGUUUUUCUGAUGCUUGGGAGUACGAGGAGCCGGCAUAUCUCAGGAGAGCGAAGAAAACUUCUUCCGAAUACUUUGUAAUUUUCUCUACUUACCAGACAUGUUCUGCUGAAACUGAAGCUGAAGAUCCGAAGACGAUGAGCGUGCAAGACCUUUUGUUUGGAAGGGUUAGGCCUCCAGCCGAAUUCAAGGUCCGUGCACUGACAUCACACCUGCCGCCUCACUACAACUACAUGUUUAACUGUGGGAUGCAAGCGCUUCCAAAAAGAGUUGAGUAGCAGCUGUGGUUAAUUGUCUAGUCUGUCGUGUUGAAUCCCAUUGGUGCUGUAAGUGGCUGCGUCCAGCGCUUUGCUGGUUCAGUCUCCUGCUCUGAUGUUCCAGUCCGGUCAAUGUGCUAUGGGUUCUGGUAUCCUUGUAUGUUGUGUCCGGUGCAAUUAGCAGAGGCUCCUGGGAGUUUCAAAAAAAAAAAAAAAAGCAGAGGCUCCUGGGUGAUCUUUAUUUCUGAAUCUAAAUAAAAUUUCUGGUAA